GGAAACAAGGAGCGCUUGGAGGAGAGGCGCGGACGUGCUUUUCUAUUGUCACGGGGAAGAACACAGGAGAAGUACACACCCAGGAGUUAUCUAGGCGACAUGGACAAAAACGGGAAAGCCAUGGAGGAGUUGGUGUGUGAGCUGCGUCUGUUCCUGGACCUGCUGGACAGGGAGUAUCUGAGCGCUGGGGCCAAGGAGAAGAAGAUGCUUAUCUCUGACAUCCUCCACAGGGUCCUCACCGCUAAAGAGCCCUCGUUCAAGUCAGAGGUCCACAGCAGCCUUCCGGCACCCCCUCAGAUGCCACUCCCUGAGAUCCCACACCCCUGGCUCCCUCCAGACAACGGGCCUCCUCCUCUCCCCAGCUGCUCUCUCCCAGAGGGAUACUAUGAAGAGGCCGUCCCCCUCAGUCCUGGAAAAGCCCCAGAAUACAUCACUUCCAACUAUGAUUCUGACCAGAUGAGCAGUUCGUAUGAGUCGUAUGACGAGGAGGAGGAGGAUGGGAAGGGGAACAGAGGGAAGAAGAUGCGUCACCAGUGGCCUAGCGAGGAGGCCUCCAUGGACCUGGUCAAGGACGCGCGCAUCUGUGCCUUCCUGCUGCGCAAGAAACGCUUCGGCCAGUGGACCAAGCUGCUCUGUGUCAUCAAGGACAACAAGCUGCUGUGCUACAAGUCAUCUAAAGACCAGACACCCCAGAUGGAGCUGCUGUUAUCAGGCUGUAGCAUCACACAUGUCCCCAAGGACGGCAAGAAGAAGAAAGACGAGCUGAAGAUUGUCCACCAGGGGGCAGAUGCCCUGGUCCUGGCCGUGCAGAGCAAAGAGCAGGCUGAGGAGUGGCUCAAGGUGAUGAGGGAGGUGUGCAGUAAUGGCUGUGACUCAGAUGUAGCAGGGUCUCCUGUGCACAAGCCCGACCUGGAGAAGGUAAGGAACACAACACCAGCUCAGGCACAUGAACACACACUUACACACACCGCAGCACAAUAA